AUGAAGCUGUUUACUUUUCUAUUGUUGGCUACUUUUCAAGCCUUAUCGAAUGCCGCUUCGAUACAACAACCGCUACAAAAUAUUCAGCAGGUGGCUCAUGUAGAUCCAAAAGUAAAGGCAGACAUUGGUGAAGUCAUUCAAGAUGUUUUAGGAGAUGUAGCAGAAACUUUAGUCGACAUUCAAGCCGGAGAGAAAGUGAAUCCAGCCGACCUGAUCGGUACAGUUCGAGAUGGCGAAGCAGAUAUUGCCGAAAUCGUCGCAAAAGCUCUAAGUGCAACCACAGAAGCCCCGACCGACGUUAUCGACACAAUUCAAGACGCACAAGAAGAUGCUGCCGAUAACAUGGCCGAUAUGAUUGAUACUGUCCAAGACGCACGAGGAGAUGCUGCCGAUAUGAUUGAUACUGUCCAAGACGCACAAGAAGAUGCUGUCGAUAACAUGGCCGAUAUGAUUGAUACUAUCCAAGACGCACGAGAAGAUGCUGCCGAUAACAUGGCCGAUAACAUUGAUACUGCCCAAGACGCACAAGAACAUGCUGUCGAUAACAUAGCCGAUAUGAUUGAUACUGCCCAAGACGCACAAGAAAAUGCCGCCGAUAACAUGGCCGAUAACAUUGAUACUGCCCAAGACGCACAAGAAAAUGCUGCCGAUAACAUGGCCGAUAUGAUUGAUACUGUCCAACACGCACGAGGAGAUGCUGCCGAUAUGAUUGAUACUGUCCAAGACGCACAAGAAGAUGCUGUCGAUAACAUGGCCGAUAUGAUUGAUACUAUCCAAGACGCACGAGAAGAUGCUGCCGAUAACAUGGCCGAUAACAUUGAUACUGCCCAAGACGCACAAGAACAUGCUGUCGAUAACAUAGCCGAUAUGAUUGAUACUGCCCAAGACGCACAAGAAAAUGCCGCCGAUAACAUGGCCGAUAACAUUGAUACUGCCCAAGACGCACAAGAAAAUGCCGCCGAUAACAUGGCUGAUAUCAUUGAUACUAUCCAAGACGCACAAGAAGAUGCUGCCGAUACCAUGGCCGAUAACGUUUAUACUAUCCAAGACGCACAAGAAAAUGCCGCCGAUACCAUGGCCGAUAUCAUUGAUACUAUCCAAGACGCACGAGAAGAUGCUGCCAAUAACAUGGCCGAUAACAUUGAUACUAUCCAAGACGCACAAGAAGAUGCUGCCGAUACCAUGGCUGAUAUCAUUGAUACUAUCCAAGACGCACAAGAAAAUGCCGCCGAUAACAUGGCUGGUAUCAUUGACACUGUCCAAGAUAGAAUUGGCGAUGGCAUAGAUCCAACAAGAGAGACAUACGAAGAUGCUGCCGAUAACAUGGUGGAUGAAGAAGAUUCCAUGGAUACAAAUCAGGACAUAAUAGAUGACAUUCGGGAAACUUUGUCUGAGAUUACCGAGACCUCUGAUCCAUCAGAAAAACCAACAAUUGAGGAAAUAAUUGACAACAUUAUUAACGUGGAACCAAAAGAUCUUGUAGAAGAAAUCAGAGAAGAACUGGAAGAAAUUGCAGAUAAAGAUUCCGCUGAUGUAGUUGAUAAAAUAGAUAUCGAAAGUCUAACUGAUGAAGAAGUUAAGGGACUGAUAGAUGCCGAUCAAGAACAAUUGGUAGGAUUUUUAGACAUGCAACUUGGUGCUAAUGAAUUAAAGAAGAAUGCCUCACCAAGAGUCAGAAGAAAGAGAUGGGUGCCAUUAGCCAUUGCUGCAGGACGAAUGGCUUUCGCUGGUGGACGUGCUUUAUUCAAAAGAUUUGCCUCUAAAGGUAUUACCCGAAGUAGAGACAGGAUCACAAAACAUUAUUCAAGACCAGGAAAUUACUUCUCUGGACUCCGAGAAUUUAAGAACUUGAAUCCAACCAACGUAAAGAAAAUCGGAGGAUCUAAAUUUAAUGGAUGGACCGGAACCUCUGGAAAAGUUCAGAUUCGAUAG